AUGAGAACAGGCUCAUUCCUACUAGCGAGAGUCUACCAGCAACUUCGGCCAGUCAAACCCACAGCGACCACUACCAUCCAUCCGCCAGGAAAGAACCCACUGCCCACAAACAAGACAUCCCAUCUCAAGCACCUUCGAAGCAUGUCGGCCUCUCAGACUGCUGCCGGCUCGGCCCCACAGUCGAUCGUCAAGGACACGCAUCCGUUCAAUCGUUCCCAGCUCGAGGGAUUACUCAUCAAAAGAUUCUUUUAUGCUCCUGCUUUUGAACACUACGGAGGUCAGUCACCGUAUGACUUUGGACCACCAGGAAGUACCUUGCAAUCGAACAUCUUACAAGAAUGGCGAAAACAUUUUAUCAUCGAGGACGAAAUGUCAGAGAUUGAUACGACGGUGAUCACCCUGGCAGAGGUGUUGAAGACCUCAGGACACGUGGAUAAAUUCACGGACUGGAUGACCUCGGACGUGAAGACUGGAGACAUCUUUCGAGCGGAUCAUCUCGUCGAAGCCGUCCUAGCUUCUCGAAUUACAGCCGACAGUAAGGCGCGAGGACAAACUACCGAGCCCGCCGAUCUGGCCAACAACAAACUUGCCAAGAAGAAAAAACUGAAGGCCGAACUCGUCCAACUAACAGAUGAAACCCUGGCUCGAUACCAUUCGAUUCUCGCUCAAAUCGAUAAUUACACUGGCGCUCAGUUAGGAGAAUUGAUCCGAGAGGAAAAGAUUCGCUCACCGGAUACUGGUAAUGAGUUGACCGAACCAGUUGAGUUCAAUCUCAUGUUCGAAUCUCAGAUCGGCCCGACCGGCCAAUUCAAAGCGUAUCUUCGACCGGAAACCGCCCAAGGUCACUUUGUCAAUUUCAAUCGGCUCUUGGAGUUUAACAACGGCAGACUACCCUUUGCGUCGGCGCAGAUCGGUAAAAGUUUCCGGAAUGAGAUCUCGCCCAAGCAAGGUCUGCUUAGAGUCCGGGAAUUCACGAUGGCGGAGAUCGAACAUUAUGUUGACCCGAUCGAUAAACGACACGACAAAUUUCACGAGAUCGAAAACCAUAAGAUCAAGUUACUUCCCAGAUCCGUUCAAGCUGAGGGAAAGACAGAGACGAUCGAAAUGACGAUCGGCGAGGCCAUCAAUCAACAGAUCGUCGAUAACCAUACGCUAGGAUAUUUCCUGGCAAGGAUCGAUCUGUUUUUGAGGAAGAUUGGGAUCAACCCAGCCCGGCUUCGUUUCCGGCAACACAUGGACAACGAAAUGGCGCAUUAUGCCUCCGACUGUUGGGAUGCUGAGAUCCAUUCUUCAUAUGGAUGGAUCGAAUGUGUGGGAUGCGCCGACCGAUCGGCGUACGAUCUGACGGUCCAUUCUGUCAGAACUGGGACGAAGUUGGUCGUCCGCGAACCUCUUAAGGAGGUCAUCGAGAUCGAGAAAAACGUCCCCAUGUUCGACAAGAAGCUGUUCGGUCCCCGGUUCAGACAGGCAUCCAAGAUCGUCGAAGAAACCGUCUUGUCCUUCGAUGAGGCUCGGCUGGAGUGUCUUGCCAAGGAACUGGAAGCCAAUGGGUCAUCCAAGAUUCGUGCCAGUGAUGGGAAUGAGUACGAGUUGACGAAAGACAUCCUCAAGAUUGAACGCAAGACAUUCAAAGAAACCACACGAGAGUAUACGCCGAAUGUGAUCGAGCCUUCGUUCGGAAUAGGCCGAAUUCUAUACUCGCUCUUGGAGCAUUGUUAUUGGGCGAGGGCGGAGGAUGUUAACCGUGGGGUGUUGUCUUUGCCACCAUCAAUUGCUCCAGUGAAGGUUCUCAUCGUCCCUUUGAGCGGGACAGAAGUGUUCAGACCAUUGAUCCGAUCUAUCUCCAAGAAGUUGCGGAAUGCAGGAAUUGCUAGUCGGGUCGAUGAUUCAAAUGCGUCGAUCGGAAAACGAUAUUCGCGUAAUGAUGAGCUCGGGACCCCGUUCGGAAUCACCGUCGAUUUCGGAUCGGUCAAGAAUGGGACGGUCACCUUAAGAGAACGAGACUCGACAAAACAAGUGAUUGGUCCGAUCGACCAGGUCAUUGACAUCGUUAGAGAAAUUUGCUUGGGUGAUGAGGAAGGCAAAGGAUGGGAAUUAGCCAGCUCAAAACUCGAAGAAUAUGAUGGCAAACAGGACAUAGAUUGA